GAUCUCAGCAUGCCUGAGUUGAAUUGUGAGGCAUGCAAAGCCACUUGGACUGCUGGAGUGGACGACCUCAUUCGCAGUGACUACUGGCCUGCUACACUUCACUCUGCUACAGUUUAUGCAACCGAGAUUUUGUUUUCAUUUGAAGAAAUGAAGAUGGUGGCACCAGGAUUGUCCUGCCAGGCAUUUUUGACAAUGUCCGCUUUGGCCGUACUGGGAAGAUCUCUGCAGACAGCUUCCAAAAAAGUUUUUUUGAGUGGGAAGCUGUGCAACAUCUGCAAAGAGGAGCCCUUCAUCUGUCCUGCGUGCACCCCAAAUAUGCUUGCAGUUUCCGUGGAUGGAAAUCGCAAGCAUUACCGGUUCAAGAAUGCAUCUAGAUCCGAGGAACAGGCCAUUUUUCAAGGCGUCUUCAUAGCCAAGGAUGAAGACGUUGCCACAUUUGUGGACCACAUACACAGGACAUCCAAACAUGUCUCUGGAAGAGGUGUUUGUGGAGGGGAGUGGUCAGCAGCUAGAGAGACCUCCCAAAGAUCCACCAGCAAGGUAGAUGAGGAGGGACUGGAGCUUGCGGUGUGUAGGCAUGGUGUUCUGCUGCGUGCUCUCAAUAUGUACAGGGGAGAAAUGUUUGCUUAUCCCCUGUAUUUGCAAGAAAAGCUUGCCAGCAGGCAAAUCACUUUCUUCUGUAUGGAUGUGACCUGCAAGUAUUGGCCCUACCUCCAAAAAGCUCCAGCCCCUCCUCAGCAUGAAGCCGUUCCUGUCUGUAUUUCAUGCCAAAGCUCAUGAUUUCAAAUGCGAGGUCAAAUGGAGUGGGGCAUAUCAGGAAGGGGCUGGCCUAACACUAGGCGAGGAGGUUGAGCAGUGCAAUGCCUUCCUCUCUAGGAUUGCAGUGAC